AUGGGGUCCCUCCAGAACAAGGCGGAGGUCCUGCAUAUGGAACAGGACAAGUGGUCGUCCGAAGAAGCCGCCGUCGACAUUGCCGAGGCGAAACGAGGCGAAAUUGAUGAAAGAGAAGGGCACGCAGCCCUGAAGCUCGACAAACGUGGUCUGCCUCUCGUGCCGCAGCCAACAGAUCGCAAGGAUGAUCCUCUUAACUGGUCGCCAUGGCUCAAAUUCUUCAUCCUGUUGCAAGUCAGCUUCCUUGCUUUCCUCGGGCCUAUGGCAGGCGCAAUCGUCAAUCCGGCCUUUGUGCCACUCAGCAAGCAAUUCCACAUCACAGUGGUCCAGGCUUCAUAUGAACUGACAGUGUAUAUUGUCGCUGCGGGCGUCGGUCCCUUAUUGACGGUGCCACUCGCCAACGUGUAUGGCCGAAGACCUGUCUACCUUUUCGGCAACCUCUUAGCUGCCGUCACCAACAUUGCGGCAGGGUACUGCGACACAUGGGCUGGGAUCAUGGUGACUCGUGUCUUCAACGGCAUUGGUGCUGGCUCUCCAGGCGCCAUCGGGGCAGCAACCGUCUGUGACAUGUACUUCCUGCACGAACGUGGAUUUUACAUGGGAAUCUUCACCUUCCUUCUGACCAACGGACCUCAUGCGGCGUCGUUGUUCGGCGGCUUCAUUGCCCAGAGUCUUGGGUGGAGGUGGUGCUUUUUGAUCCCAGGUUAUGUCCAGCUCGGCGUGUUCGUCUUCACGAUUUUUUGCUUGCCAGAAACCCUCUUCUCUCGUCGGCCGACCACCCUCGCCAAUCGUCGUGAACACUCUUUCAUGGAUCUCCUGCUCUUUAGACACUCUGGCUUGCAGGAUCGCAAACUCCGCUUCGGAGACUUCUUCCGGCCUUUCUACAUGCUGAGAUACCUCCCGAUCGUGAUCCCGGGCUUUUACUACAUGACGGCCUUUGGGUUCGGCUCGGUGAUGUUUGCCGCGACGGGUUCGAGCCUGUUCCGAUCACUGUACCACUUUGACGUAGCGCAGACUGGAAUGCUGCUUAGCAUUCCGCUCCUCAUCGGCUGUCUGCUGGGCGAAAUGAGCGCCGGCUGGCUCACGGAUUACAUGGUGUACCGAUACGCCAAACACCACGGAGGCAGACGGGAGCCCGAGCCGCGUAUCAACAUGGUAGCACUGGCGGUCUUGUGCCCGAUCGGCAUCAUCAUCGACGGCAUCUGUCUGUCGCACUUCAAGACGGUGUCGUGGGUGGGCGCCGCGUUCGGCAUGGGCAUUGCGAACUUUGGUCUCCAGAUCGCGACCACAGUUACGUACAGCUACUGCACGGAUUGCUACAAGCCCCAGAGCUCCGAGAUAUCCUGCAUCCUCAACGUGUUCCGCAACGUCUUCUCCAUGACCAUCUCCUUCUAUGCAAUUCCACUCGGCGACAAGAUCCAGUAUCAGUACGCGUGGUUGACUUUUGCCUUAAUCCACGUCGUUUUCUUGAUCCCGAUGGUUGUGCUCCGGUUCAAGGGCAUCCAGUGGAGGAACAGCUCUUGGCAGAAGCCUCCCACGUUCCAUAACGACAUCUAG